AUGGCCUCAAUUCAACCCAACUUCUAUUUUCCUUACCCCCUCAACCCUCCACCUUCACCUUUCCACCCUUUUAACCCUCCACCACCUCAUUCCUUCAAAUCUCCACCACCAUCACCACCAUCUCAUUCAUUUCCUCCCCCUCCUCCACAUGGACACGCUCCACCACCAUCAUCUCAUCCAUUUUCCCCUCCACCACCACAUGUUCGCCCACCACCAUCUCAUCCAUUUUCCCCACCACCACCGCACGUCCACCCACCGCCUUCUCCACAUCACCCGAUCACCCCUCCUCUACCUCCGCACGUCCGCCCACCCCCACCAUCAUCUCCACCUUCUCCCUCUCCAUACCACCCUACAGUCAUUAUCAUUGUGAUCAUCGCAUUAGGCGGGGUUGCCUUGCUUUCAAUGCUUGCUUUCGCAUUAUUUUGCUGCAUUCAGAAGAGGAAGAAGAAAACACAAGCAACCGAUAUCGUUCACAUUGACGAACAUAAAAAGAUUACAGAAACAAUUGUGCCUGGUCCAUUUGGAAAACCAACAGUGAUAAUUUCCGUCGAAGAUGAUGUUCAUGUUGAUGAAGUAAUCAAGAAGAAUGAAGCAGUUGGUCAUGGUUUACAUGCUGAAGCAUCUAAACCUGAACCAAAUCAAAACAAUACUUCAACUAGUAAUGAAGUGGCAACAACUACUACUACUUCUCCUGGUCGUGAACAUCAUGGUAUUUAUCCAUAA